AUGGCGGAUCCUAACAAUGUGGCGCAAUACAAAUAUUCGGCGAUGAGCAACCUGGUGCUCCAGGCUGAUCGUCGAUUCAUAACCCGUCCAGGAGACGAUGCGACAGGCGACCCGGAGUCCCUCGCAGGAAGGAUAAAUAUACGAGACAUGGGAUCGCGGGUUGCCCACGACCAAGCGCCGAAGACCAAGAAAGCAGCAGCUGCCCAAGUCGAUAUCGAAAGAGGUAGUAUUCGUGAAGGCGCCGAUGUUUUAGAGCGCGAGCAGCGUAAGCGCAAACGUGGGGACCAAGAUCAACUUCGUGGAGCUGGCAUUCUAUCGGCUGCAGACAUGCUUAUUGAAGGCUUAAAAUAUCGCCCCAGGACUCCGGCUACAAGGGCGACGUACGAUCUGAUUCUUACCAUGACCGCAAACCACCUCGGUGAUGUUCCGCACGAAGUCGUUCGAAGCGCAGCAGACGCGAUUCUCGAGAUCCUCAAAGACGAAAAUAUGAAGGAUUUCGAUAAGAAGAAAGAGAUUGACGACCUUCUUGGUUCUACCAUGAAUCCGAAACAGUUCAACGAGCUGGUUAACCUCGGCAAGAAAAUCACCGAUUACGACGCGCAGGACGAAGACGAAAACAUGGAAGACGGACUAGAUGGCGCAAAUGAAGCAGAACUCGACGAAAGGCAAGGUGUCGCUGUUGUUUUCGACGAGUCUGACGAGGAUGAAGGGGGGCUGCGUGGAAUGGACGAAGUUCGUGACGAGGACGAAUCCGAUGAAGAGGCUUCAGACAUUGAAGAUCGACCGGAAGCUGAUGAGGUGGCAGCGGUCGAUUUGGAGGGAGAUGAAGAGAUGAUCCUGGAUGGCGGCGGAGUGGUAGAUGCCAAGAUAUCUGAAGCACAGAAGCAUAUAAUACCAGUCCGGGAAAUUGACGCCUAUUGGUUACAACGUCAGAUCAGCACCAUUUUCCCCGACGAGCACGAAGCUACUGCUUCCGCUCGUUCUGCUUUGGAGAUCCUAAGUGGUAAAGAUGCUGAUGGAAACGAACGCCAGCUUCGUGACAUUGAGAAUGAUUUAAUGGAACUUUUCGACUACGAGCAUCCAGAGCUGGUGGCAAAGUUUGUCAAGAACAAGGAUAGAAUCGUCUGGGUAACAAAAUGGCGAAGGCUGGCAGAAAAUGACGAUGCUCGUUUGCUGGUUGAAAGUGAGAUGGUCGAGGCUGGUCAUCGCGAUAUAUUAGACGAGAUCCAUGGACGGUCAACUUCCGGGGAGGAAGGGCAGCUACCGGGAAAGAAGAUCAAAAUGGAUCUAAUGGAUAUUGAUGUUCCAACUGCCGGUGGUGAGGCCAAGGCUGAGGAAGGCAAAGCUCCAUUAAGCAGCUUGCUCCCUACGCGCCUAGUCAACCUCGAAUCUUUGAAAUUCGAUCAAGGAAACCAUCUUAUGACUAACCCAAAUGUGAGGCUGCCCCAAGGAUCAACCAAGCGGACAUUCAAGGGAUAUGAGGAGAUUCAUGUGCCUCCUCCAAAACCCAAACGUGACCCCGGCGAAAAGAACAUACCUACAACCGAGCUACCUGACUGGGCUCGUGUAGGCUUCGGAUCGUCUAAAGAGCUUAACCGGAUACAGUCCAAAUGCUAUCCAACUGCCUUCCACGAUGACGGGAACAUGCUCGUUUGCGCUCCUACGGGUUCUGGAAAGACUAAUGUUGCCAUGCUCACCAUGCUUCGUGAGAUUGGUAAGCACCGAAACCCAAAUACUGGCGAAAUCAUGCUCGACGAUUUCAAGAUCAUCUACAUCGCUCCUCUUAAAGCUUUGGUUCAAGAACAGGUUGGGAAUUUCGGUAAACGCUUGGAGCCAUAUGGCAUCCGCGUCAGUGAAUUGACCGGUGACCGGCAACUCACCAAGCAGCAGAUUGCCGACACCCAAAUCAUAGUCACCACUCCAGAAAAGUGGGAUGUCAUCACCCGCAAGGCAACCGAUUCUAGCUACACUAAGCUCGUGCGCCUUUUGAUCAUCGACGAGAUUCACCUGCUUCACGAUGAUCGAGGCCCGGUCUUGGAAGCCGUUGUCAGUCGAACUCUUCGUGACAAUGAGACAGCUGAUGAGCCUGUCAGGAUUGUUGGACUUUCUGCAACCCUUCCAAACUACCGUGAUGUUGCUAGCUUCUUGCGUGUUGACGCGACUAAAGGCCUCUUCCAUUUCGACGGUUCUUAUCGCCCUUGCCCAUUGCGACAAGAAUUUAUUGGUGUGACUGAUAAGAAGGCCAUCAAGCAGCUUAAAACUAUGAACGACGUGUGCUACAAUAAAGUAUUAGAGAAUACUGCCAAGGGUCAUCAGAUGCUUAUUUUUGUGCAUUCGCGAAAGGAGACUGCCAAAACAGCCAGAUAUAUUCGUGACAAGGCUGUGGAGAUGGAGACAAUCGGUCAAAUUCUGCGGAGUGAUGCAGCCAGUAGAGCGAUUUUGGCAGAAGAAGCCGAGAAUGUAGACGAUGCCGCACUCAAGGACAUAUUGCCUUACGGUUUCGGUAUCCACCAUGCUGGUCUAUCGUUAGCGGACAGAGAUUCCGUGGCUAGUUUAUUUGCCGAUGGCAGUAUCCAGGUGCUCGUCUGUACUGCGACUCUCGCCUGGGGUGUUAACUUGCCCGCCCAUACCGUUUUGAUCAAGGGUACCCAAGUGUACUCACCAGAACAUGGUGCCUUUGUGCAGUUGAGUCCCCAGGAUACCUUACAGAUGCUUGGCAGAGCUGGCCGUCCACAAUACGAUACGGAAGGUCUUGGAACAAUUAUUACGACUCAGAACGAGCUCCAGUUCUACCUCUCACUGCUGAACCAGCAAUUACCCAUUGAAAGUCAGCUAAUGGGCAAAUUGGCAGAUAACCUAAACGCUGAGGUUGUCCUUGGAAAUGUUCGUGAUCGUACCGAAGGUGUCCAAUGGUUGGGUUAUACUUAUCUAUAUGUCCGAAUGCUUCGGUCACCUGGAUUGUACAGUGUUGGCGCUGAUUAUGCAAAUGAUGAGGCAUUGGAACAGAAGCGAGUCGAUUUGAUACAUUCCGCUGCCACUGUACUUGAAAAGGCUGGCCUUGUCAGAUAUGACAAGAAAGGCGGUAAAAUUCAGUCCACAGAGCUUGGGCGUAUCGCCUCUCACUACUACAUCAGCCACAGUUCUAUGCAGACUUACAACCACCAUCUUCAGCCAGGUAUCAGCACUGUCGAAUUGUUCCGGAUUUUCUCUCUCAGCGAGGAAUUCAAGUACAUCCCUGUACGACAGGAUGAGAAGUUGGAACUUGCCAAGCUACUUGGUCGUGUACCUGUUCCUGUUAAAGAAGGUAUUGAAGAGCCUCAUGCCAAGAUUAACGUUCUCCUUCAAGCAUAUAUCUCUCGACUCAAACUUGAAGGUCUUGCUUUGAUGGCAGAUAUGGUCUAUGUCACUCAAUCGGCCGGCCGAAUUCUCCGCGCAAUCUUCGAGAUCUGUUUGAAGAAGGGCUGGUCUUCCGUCGCAAAGACUGCGUUGAAUCUCUGCAAGAUGGCAGAGAAACGCAUGUGGCCGACAAUGACACCCUUACGCCAAUUCCCAUCAUGCCCUCGGGAUAUCAUGCAGAAAGCUGAGAGAAUUGACGCUCCCUGGCCAAGUUAUUUCGAUCUCGAUCCUCCACGGAUGGGCGAGCUUCUUGGUAUGCCCAAAGCAGGUCGUAUUGUCUGUGAUUUGGUUUCAAAAUUCCCUCGACUGGAAGUUCAAGCACAAGUUCAGCCAAUGACUAGAUCCCUACUUCGUGUCGAGUUGACCAUUACUCCAAACUUCGUCUGGGAUGAUUCUAUACACGGCGCCGCAGAGAGCUUUUGGGUUAUUGUUGAAGACUGUGACGGCGAAGAAAUCCUGUUCCAUGAUCAAUUCAUCCUACGUAGGGAGUACGCCCAAGGCGAGGUCACUGAUCACAUCAUGGAAUUCACUGUUCCUAUCUCCGACCCGAUACCCCCUCACUACUUCCUGCAAAUCAUCUCCGACAGGUGGAUGCACUCCGAAACCAAGGUUGCUGUGUCUUUUCAGAAGCUGAUUCUCCCCGAGCGCUUCCCUCCUCAUACGCCAUUGUUGGAUAUUCAGCGAGUCCCUGUCCAGGCUCUGAAACGCGAUGAUUUCAAGAGCCUUUAUCCGAACUGGCAGACCUUCAACCGUAUUCAAAGCCAAGCUUUCAAGAGCUUGUUCGAAUCGGAUGAAGCUGUUUUCCUUGCAGCUCCUGCGGGAAGUGGGAAGACUGUGUGCGCAGAGUUGGCACUUCUCCGUCAUUGGUCGCAGCCAGAUAAGGGCCGUGCAGUUUACAUUGCUCCUUUCCAGGAGUUGAUUGAUCUGCGAUAUAAUGACUGGUCCAAGCGUCUAAGCUCGAUCGCUGGAGGGAAGACAAUCGUGAAACUUACCGGCGAGACUACUGCGGAUCUGAAGCUUCUGGAGUCAGCGGACCUAGUUCUCGCAACACCAGUUCAAUGGGAUGUAUUGUCACGACAGUGGCAAAGACGAAAGAACGUUCAAACCGUUGAUCUUUUCAUUGCUGACGAGUUGCAUAUGAUUGGAGGCUAUCUCGGCUACACUUAUGAGAUCAUCGUUAGCCGGAUGCAGUUCAUCAAGUUGCAGCUUGAAAGUAAUCUGCGAAUCAUCGGCUUGAGUGUACCUCUGUCUAAUGCUCGUGAUAUCGGCGAGUGGACUGGGGCUAGCCGUCACUCGAUUUUGAAUUUCAGCCCAAGUGCUCGACCUAUCCCGCUGGACUUGCAUAUUCAAUCUUACAAUAUACCUCACUUUCCCUCCCUCAUGAUGGCCAUGGCUAAGCCUGUAUAUCACGCCAUUGCCAAUCAGCUAUCUCCUGACAAGCCGGCACUUGUCUUCGUUCCGAGCCGGAAGCAGGUCCGAGCUACAGCCGUGGAUAUAUUAGCUGCCUGUGUUGCUGAUGAUAAUGAGGAUCGCUUCCUGCACGCUGACGUGGAGCAAAUCGCCCCUCUUUUGGAAAGAUUACACGAGCGGACGUUGGCCGAGUCUAUUUCGCAUGGAGUUGGCUAUUACCACGAAGCAUUGAGUACCAACGAUAAGCGAAUUGUGUCUCACUUGUUCACCAUUGGUGCUAUUCAGGUUAUGCUGGCAUCUCGUGAUGUUUGUUGGGAGAUUGAUUUCACUGCCCAUUUGGUCAUUGUUAUGGGAACGCAGUUCUUCGAAGGAAGAGAGCAUCGUUAUAUCGACUAUCCUAUCAGCGAAGUACUUCAAAUGUUCGGCAAAGCCUCACGCCCUGGUGUGGAUAAGAUCGGACGGGGUCUGUUGAUGGUGAACGAGACUAAAAGGCCAUAUUACAGGAGAUUCUUGGCAGAGGCCCUACCAUUAGAGUCUGGACUUUCCUUGACGCUACAUGAUACCUUUGUUACUGAGAUUAGCACACAAACAAUCAGCUCAACUCAGGAUGCGGUGGAUUGGAUGACGUAUACAUACUUUUACCGCCGUCUUCUUGCCAACCCCAGUUUCUAUGGUCUCACUGAUGUUAGCCAUGAGGGACUCAGUACAUUCUUGUCUGAACUGGUUGAGAACACGUUGAGAGAGCUAUCAGAAGCGAAGAUCAUUGAGCUCGAUGAGGAAGAUGACAGCAUCUCUCCAAUGAAUGCGGCUAUGAUAGCUGCAUACUACAAUAUCUCCUUCAUCACUAUGCAAACAUUCCUCCUGUCAUUGUCAGCCCGCACGAAACUAAAGGGUAUUCUGGAAAUUAUCACUUCUGCCACAGAGUUCGAGUCUAUCCAAAUGCGCCGCCAUGAGGAUCACAUUCUAAGACGUGUCUACGAUCGUGUUCCUGUCAAGAUGACAGAGCCCGCUUACGACUCUCCUCACUUCAAGGCAUUUGUUCUCCUUCAAGCUCACUUCUCUCGAAUGCAAUUGCCGAUUGAUCUUGCAAAGGAUCAAGAAGUAAUUGUUGGUAAGGUUCUCAACCUUCUCAGUGCUUGUGUUGAUGUCUUGUCGUCUGAAGGACAUUUGAAUGCAAUGAACGCUAUGGAGAUGUCACAGAUGACUGUUCAAGCCAUGUGGGAUCGUGAUAGCCCGUUGAAACAGAUUCCUCACUUCACUCCGGAGGUUAUCCAGGUGGCUAAUGAAUUCAAGAUUAAUGACAUCUUCGAGUUCAUGGAGGCUAUGGACCCCUCGGAAAAUAAAGACUACGCUACAUUCGUCAAGCGCCUUGGUCUGGAUAACAAACAGCUUUCUCAAGCCGCCAACUUCACAAACAACAAGUAUCCAAACGUGGAGAUGGACUUUGAGGUUGAAGAUCCCGAUAAUAUCACGGCAGGCGAUCCAGCUUACCUCAAGAUCAAGGUGGAACGGGACGUUGAAGAGGAUGAGGACCCAGAUACCACGGUUCAUGCUCCUUACUACCCCGGCAAGAAGAUGGAGAACUGGUGGUUGGUCGUUGGUGAUGAGAAGACCAAGAGUCUUCUUGCUAUUAAACGUGUCACUAUUGGUCGACGAUUGGAGACGCGUCUUGAAUAUAUUGUGCCAACUGCGGGUGAGCAUGAGUUGACAUUAUAUCUUAUGAGUGACAGCUAUGUGGGUGUUGAUCAGGCACCUACAUUCAACGUUACUGCGGCUGAAGGUAUGGAUGAGGAUGAGAGUGAAGAGGAGGUUCUCCUCUCAGCACCGCGAAGAUCAUCAGCUGUCCCCAACGCCACUGGAAAACUCGCCGUAUAUACCCAAACGACCUACUCAUUUGAUACCCACUCCAAGACCAACGAAAUCCGCAUCAUCGACCUCGAAUCAGGCGAAACGUCGGUUAUCACAAACGAUGCUAGUGCCAGUAACCCUCGAUGGCUGGAUGACGGUGACUUGCUUGUAUGGCUAAAAGGGAAAGAAAAUGGAAAUACAAGUUUCAUGAUUGGCGACGCGCGAGAUCCCGGACGAUUCUAUACUGCAGGCACAGUACCAGGACCCGUCUCCGAUCUCAAAGUCACAAAACUCGACUCGGGAAAGACUGGAUUCGUGGUUUCCGGUAAAGCGAACCCGGACGGAAGUUUGUACAACCCCAAGGAUGCGAAAAAGCCCCUAAGCAGCGGGAAAUAUUAUACAUCGAUAUGGGUGCGACAUUGGGACGAAUAUAUUGAGCCGCAGAGGAAUUCGUUGUGGUACGGUGUACUACAGAGUUCUCCCUCGGCAGCGUCGGACAAAGAGAAGAGAUAUGCUACAUCCGGGAUGACGAAUUUACUCGCUGUAUCCGGUCUGACGGACGUUGAAGCACCUAUUCCACCGUUUGGAGGGACGGAUGAUUUUGAUAUUAGUCCGAAUGCUGUUGUGUUUGUUGCGAAGGAUCCGGCUGUGAAUAAGGCUACUCAUACGGCCUGUGUUUGUUAUUAUUGUCCUAUGCCGUCAUGGACAGAUCUUAGCACGCGAGAGGCUAAGAUUUAUCAAGUCAAAGGUCUUGAGGGGGCUAUGAGCUCGCCUGUGUUGUCGAAUGAUGGCAGUGCUAUUGUCUUCUUGGCACAAGAGAAAGAUGGACAUGAAGCAGACAAGAACCGUAUCAUCUUCGUGCCUAAUCCUUGGAGCGGCCAAUUACUUGAAGUAUUCAAGUCGAAAGACGGGAAGGGGGCAUGGCCCUUGAGCCCUGGAUCGGUGUCGUGGUCAAAGGAUAACAAGUCCUUGCUAAUUACGGUUGAAGAAAAAGGCCGAGGGGUAUUAUAUCAACUGCCGAUUGAAAAUAUUCUGGAAGUGACGCCAGACAAGCUGAAAAAAUUGACUAGUACGGGCUUCGUUACUGGCGUUGCGCCAUUAUCAGCGGAUACAGAGCUCUUUCUUGUCUCAAGCAGUAACUUGAUAGAGAGCAGUGUAUACACUAUCGUCGACCCCAAUGUCAUCGAUAAACCAAAGCUCCUAUCAUCUAUCAGCCGUGGUGGAGCAGCAGUCGGUUUAUCGCGAUCCCAAGUCGACGAGAUAUGGUACAAAGGUGAAAACGAUCAACCCAUCCACGCUUUCGUCGUGAAACCAUCAAACUUCAACCCGGACGAGAAAUAUCCUUUGGCAUAUUUGGUACACGGCGGGCCGGAGUCAGCCUGGAAUGAUUCUUGGAGCACUCGCUGGAACCCAGCGGUAUUUGCCGAGCAAGGCUAUGUGGUUGUUACGCCUAAUCCCACUGGCAGUACUGGAUAUGGACAGGACUUCACUGAUGCUAUUAUCGGUAACUGGGGCGGUUUACCCUACCUGGACUUGGAAAGAGGAUUCGACUAUAUCAGCAAAAACCUGAAAUACGUCGACACCGAUCGAGCAGUAGCGCUAGGCGCUUCGUACGGAGGGUACAUGAUGAACUGGAUCCAGGGACAGCCACUCGGUCGAAAAUUCAGAGCUCUCGUCACGCACGACGGCGUAUUCAGCAUGGUAUCCCAACUCGCCAGUGAGGAACAAUACUUCCCUCUAGCCGAUCUCAAGGGACCAUUGUGGAAAGUCCCUGAAGAAUGGCACAAAUGGGAUCCGUCUCGAUUUACUGCCAACUGGGCAACACCACACCUGAUCAUCCACAACGAACUUGAUUACAGACUAACAAUCGCAGAGGGAUUAGCUGCGUUCAAUGUUUUGCAAAUGAAAGGGAUUGAGAGCGCGUUUUUGACGUUCCCAGACGAAAAUCAUUGGGUUUUGCAGCCGGAGAAUUCGCUGAAAAGUCACAAAUCUUCCAUUGAGAUGAUUGAUGGUGCCUUUGUUGACAAAAGCAGUCAGGAGGAUCUCGGAACCAUCAAGAUAGACACCGGUAAUGACGGAGCUGAGCAUAAGAUCUCUCGCAGCAAAUGCCUCUUUACAAUCAUGGAAGAACAUUCCGACUCCAAAUUAGAACCAGCCCCGGACAAACCCAAAGACGACAUAGCCACAUCCACCAACACUGUCGGCGAUGACAAUUCGCAGCUGCUAGGGAAGAUCGAGACUUUCAUCGCCUCCAUCCUCGCAACAUACAACAAACACAACAACAUCCUACUACCCAGCCAUAACCACACACACCAUCCAGACCUAAUCCCAACACUAACCCACCUCUCCCACCGCCUCUUCAAACUCGUGUCCUUAACGACAGGCUUACCACACCCAUACUGCCCAGACACAGUUCUGCGCUACCACCUCCUCACAUCCUCUCAACUAGACGAUCUGGCCAGACAUUACCAUCAAAUCUGGCCCCCGACACCAGAGACAUAUCGAUACCCGAAAUCUAUUGAGCCGUGGAUCGGGACGGCGGAACAGGAUACGACUGAUGUUGAGACCAAGCGGGAGCGGAUUGGAAGUUUUAUAGGGUUGAGAAGAACCCAUCAGCGGGGUAGGGAUAAGUCGGGGACUGGGGGUGAGGAGGGUAGUAGUACGUUAUUAGGGAAGGAUGUUGAGGAUGAGGUUACGAGUCAGAUGCAGAAGGAGUGGGAGGAAGCGCUUGAGAGGGCGCGGAGGGAAGGGUAUACUGGUAUUGUUCAAUGUUCGAAGGCUGAUUAG